AUGUCCGGACCUUCAAAUCCUACUGCAUCUACCGGUGCAAGUACUGGCGGUCAUGCAGCAACCGCUGUCUCUGGCGACUCUUCACAUCACCAUCAUCAGCAUCCUGAUGUGCAUCCGUAUGGUGUCAAUUUUCGAAUAAUAGAUUGGCGUACGCAGAAAGUCGAUGGAAUACCCGAAUUAGAAAAAUUACGUACAAUGUUAGCCGCACGCGGUUUAAAAGAUCCAUGGAUUCGUAACUUAGUAUGGCGUUAUGAUAGAAAAGCUGGCUUUUGGCCAAUAUGGCGUCGAAUGAGUAGAACAGUACUGAUUGGAUUACCCUAUGCUGUUGUAGCAACAAUCUCAACACUUUUAACGGAAAAAGCAAUUGCACAGUACUACCCACCCAAACAUUUUCAUAUACAUUUAUACAAUCCAACCAAACCACAUGAUGAUAACGACCAUCACACCGAUAAUCAUUCGUCGGAAAAUCAUUCUCAUCAUUAG